AGGUCUGCCAGAGCUAAAAAUGAGAGGCGACCUCAGCUGAUAAACUAGCUUUAAAGUGGGUAUAUAACUGGAAAGGGUGCAUUAUCCCAGUCAGGACUCUGUUCUUUUCUAUCUGAAGAAAAUAAAUCAGCAAGUUAUCAACAUUAUUUCAGCAAUGGAAGGAGUGGUUAUUCGGCAUUGGGUGGAAAAUCCAGUACGUUAUCAGGAAUAUUUUGCUAAUCAAGAUUUGGAAGCGUGCAAAUUAAAUCACUCUCUGUAUGCCUUGCCAGGCCCAGCCAUUGCUGCUGAGACAAAGAACAUGCAUAGAGCCGCCAAGAGUACAACUGAAACUGAGCAGAACAGCACAGAUGAAGAAAAGCCUCAAUUUCAAGUCUUACUAGAUGUUGUGCAGUUCCGUCCUGAAGAUGUUAUCAUUCAAACCUUUGAAGGUUGGCUCCUGAUCAAAGCUCAGCAUGGACCCAGAAUGGAUGAACAUGGCUUUAUAACCAGAAGCUUUACUAGACAAUACAAAUUGCCAGAUGGAGUUGAAACAAAAGAUCUGACUGCUCUCUUCUGCCACGAUGGCAUUUUGGUUAUUGAAACUAAGACCCUUAGCAGGAAAUGAAUUAUAGACAUUUGUUACUGGUGAGACAAUAUUGUUCCUACCGUAACUUGAACAAUCCUGUACUGUGGUGCUGUGCAUGUAGAGUUGUGAUUACAAUGAAGAUAAAGGCAAGCUUUUGCAUAUUUUACUCAGUGUGUUGAGCUUGAUUGUUUGAUGUGAAAGACAAUAUUUGCUCCCAACAGCUACAUAUGUACAGGCAUUCUUAACCUUAGCAAAACUAUCUGGCGGAACAAAAGGAAGGCUUGAAAAGAUGUACAAGAAGGAUGUAGAAGAAUGCAUGAAAGGAACAGGGUGGAAAUGGGAGGUUGUAUUUAAAACCUUAAGGCAUAUGCACUCAAGAGGCAGAGGCUGAAGAAUGGCCUGCAGGGUGUUUUUUUAUUGAAAUGUAAUUUUCAUGCCUCAAACUGUUCUAUUUAUUAGCACUGUGGCCAUGAUCCAAAGAAGACACUUAUGUGCAGUAAACCAACCAACCACACAGGUGGAGCUUUCUUUGAAGUUUGCCUUCCAGCAGCUCCUACUUCUGAAGAGGCAAGUCCCUUUUUAAACUGAACAAUGGCUUCACAGUCCGAGAUAUAACAGUCUAUUGCAUAGCUGUACGCAAGGACAGAUUAUUUAUUUUAUCUAACAAUUGGUCUUCAAAGUAUUUUUCCCCCAGAAAGAUUUGUUACAUGUGUUAUUCUAAAUACUUCAUCAUUUUGCUUUUGGGAGUACAGCAGCUGUUUAAGUAAGACUGCCUCCUUUCAAGUGUAGUUAAAAUAUGUAUGACUGCUGAGCUAUGUAUAGUAAAGGAAUUUAGAGGAGAAAGAGCCAAGCUAAAUACAGGCUCUCAUGGACACCUGCCAUAUGAACACAUUAAAAGAUAGAAUAUGAUUGCAGUUAAUUUACAACUGAAAGUUGAA